AUGGUGGUAUGCCCGAUUGAUAUUGGUUUGUCUUUCAUCAAUAAACGGAAACGGGUUUUCGCAAGCUCUAGCGGCAGAUUCAGCAUCUCUAAAAGUAACCUGAAAAAAUUCAGAAAAAGUAAAAUUAAAGAACAUAUCAUCACUCUCUCUUAUCUCUCCGUUUCCUUUUCCUUUUCCUUUUCCUUUUCCCUCUCUGCUUGGGAAAGUGUAGACCAGAAGAGAGAGAGAGAAAUGUUGGCGAGAGCUCCACCGCCGUCUUUUACGUUUCCGGCUAGGAAUAAAGUUUGUUAUCGGAGGGAGAUUGUGCGGCUGUUUCAUAACGGCGAAGGAGGAGGAGGAGGAGUGUUAGCGAGAGCCGGUUUCACUCGGCGGCCGCUGGAAACUUCAGGCUCGAAUGAGGUCGUUAACGAUUCCACCGACGACGGGUUCAUCGUAAUCAGAGCGGACGAUCAAGAGAAUGAAUUCUAUCCUCCGCCUCCGUCCGAUUUACUCUCUUCGAUUCCCUCAGAAUCUGCGAGACGAAAUGGUUCGCGUUCGAGAGGAGCAACUUCGAGUUUUGGAAGGCUAAAGGCCCAGAAAGUGAAAGCUCUUGUUGGAAAGGUAACGCAGAAGAAGCAGCAUUUGAGUCACAAUGAGGAAGAGGACGAGGAUGACGCCUCUGAUGAGGAUUAUUCUGCGGAUGACGGGUUUGGUUCAUCAUCAAUUCUGGAUUUGAUGAGGAAGAAGCUGGCUAUGAAGGCUGUUCCUAGAUCAGAAAGAUCCGUAGAGCCAAAAGAGGUAAAUAGAUUCAGCAAAUUGCGGGAAUCUAGGGAGCCAAGAGAUUUAGAUAGCUUGAAAGGGCAUGAUGAAGAUACUGACGAGUUCUCAAAUCCUCAUAAGUCUACUGAUAAUGAGAAAGCAGGGUUGCGGAGUUCAUAUUCAAAAGGUUCUGCUGCUAACUCCAGGAGUAGGGGCGAUAGGCUUUCGAUUGCAAAAGAUUUAGAUGCAUUUAGGGGACAUGGUAGAAUUGUUGAUGAUGCUUCAAAACCUCGAAAGUUUGCUGAUGAUGAGAGAGCAGGAUCGCGGAGUUCCUAUUCAAAAGGCUCUGAUGCUAACUCCAGGGGUAGAGAAGAUAGGCGUUUUGUUGCAAAAGAGUUGGAUUCAUUUGGAGGAAAUGGUAGAGCUACUAGGGAGGUUUCAGAUACUCGAAAGUUUGCUGAUAAUGACAGAGGAGAAUCGCAUUUUUCAUCUUCAAAACGCUCUGCUGGUAACUCCAGGGGUUGGGGUGAUAGGCGUUCUGUUGUAUAUGCAAGAGAUAUGGAGGAUUGGAGAGAGAGAGGAAAUAAAACCAAUGCUCCAAGAGAGAACGGCUUUUUUAGCCGGAAAAGUUUUGCAGAAGUUGGAUGUAGUGAGUAUAUGAUGAAGGCCUUAAAGGAACAUAACUUUGAUCGCCCAGCACAUAUACAGGUGCAUGCGCAUGAGCACAAUUCUUCUGUCGCUCUGGCUUUUGCGCCAGUUGUUGAUGGAAAGAGUUGUAUCAUAGCUGACCAAAGUGGAUCAGGCAAGACACUGGCGUAUCUUGUCCCUGUUAUUCAGCGUCUCAGAGAAGAGGAACUUCAAGGACAGAGCAAAUCCUCUUCUGGUUGUCCUCGUGUUAUUGUUCUGGUACCCACCGCAGAGUUGGCGUCCCAGGUUCUUGCCAACUGUAGAUCAAUAUCAAAGUCCGGGGUCCCGUUCCGUUCCAUGGUAGUGACGGGAGGUUUCAGACAACGAACCCAGCUAGAAAACUUAGAGCAAGGUGUUGACGUUUUGAUUGCAACACCAGGGCGAUUCAUGUACCUCAUGAAAGAAGGAAUCUUGGGUGCCAUCUUGGAUGAAGUGGAUAUACUCUUUGGUGACGAGGAGUUUGAGGCAGCCCUGCAAAAUCUUAUAAACUCUUCCCCUGUUACUGCGCAGUAUCUGUUUGUUACAGCAACCUUGCCCCUUGAGAUAUACAACAAACUAGUUGAAGUUUUUCCAGAUUGUGAAGUUGUGAUGGGACCUCGCGUGCACCGUGUUAGCAAUGCUCUUGAAGAGGUUCUUGUUGACUGCAGUGGAGAUGAUAAUGCAGAGAAAACUCCUGAGACUGCUUUUCUGAACAAGAAAGCUGCUCUUCUUCAGAUUGUCGAGGAAAACCCAGUUCCCAAAACUAUCAUCUUCUGCAAUAAGAUUGAGACAUGUAGGAAAGUUGAGAAUAUAUUCAAGCGGUUUGAUAGAAAUGAAAGGCAGUUGCACGUCCUACCAUUUCACGCGGCACUCGCACAAGAGUCAAGGCUUACAAACAUGGAAGAAUUCACCGCAUCUCAUCCCGAGGACAAUUCACUGUUUCUGGUUUGCACGGACAGAGCAUCUCGUGGGAUAGAUUUCUCUGGUGUUGAUCAUGUGGUGCUCUUUGAUUUUCCACGUGACCCGAGUGAAUACGUGAGACGUGUUGGAAGAACAGCCAGAGGGGCUAGAGGAGAAGGGAAGGCUUUCGUCUUUGUGGUGGGGAAGCAAGUAGCGCUUGCACGUAGAAUAAUUGAGCGAAACCAGAAGGGUCACCCGGUUCAUGAUGUCCCAAACGCUUACGAAUUCACAGCCUAACUUGGGGCUCGUCGUGUUGCGCUCUAGCACAAGCCAAGAAGAUGGUUCAAAAAAAGAGUCAAACAUAGUCAAAAGAGAUUUGGAGUCAAGACGAAAUAUAUAUAAAGUCAACAUUCUUGCAUCUCUAAAAGGUUUUGACAAUCACUAAUAAUAACAAAUUGCAAAAUGACAGAGAAAGUUUGCAUCCUACUCAUCGAUGUCUCCCUCACUUUCUUUCUCAACCUUCUCUUUCCCUUUCCUAUCGAUGUCUCCCUCACUUUGUUUCUCAAACUUCUUCGUGAAUAGUAACAUAAUCAUUUCCCUAUCGUAGAUUCAAAC